CUCGUGCCGCCCGACAAUUUUGCCAUGGUCAACACGUACGUCUACCGGUCCUCGUUUCCCAAGAAGAAGCACUUUGCCUUUCUCGAGACCCUCGGCCUCAAGUCGGUCCUUACCCUCAUCCUGGAAGAGUAUCCAGAGCCAAACAUGCGCUUCCUCGACGCCAACGGCAUCACCUUUUUCCAGUUUGGUAUUCCGGGCAACAAGGAGCCCUUUGUCUCGAUUCCACCCGACAAGAUCGGCGCGGCCCUCGUCACGAUUCUCGACCGGCGCAACCACCCGAUGCUGAUCCACUGCAACAAGGGCAAGCACCGCACGGGCUGCCUGAUUGGGUGUCUGCGCAAGCUCCAGCAGUGGAGCCUCACGACAAUCUUUGACGAGUACCGCCGGUUCAGCUACCCAAAGAGCCGGAGCAUGGACCAGGAAUUCAUCGAGCUCUUUGACGAGCGCAGCGUUUGGGGACAGGUCGAGCGCGCCUACUUGCCCCACUGG